UUUUUAAUCCUUUUCUAAGUUUUAUCAUACCAAACCUUAGUCAUAAUUAAAGGCAAGUAAAAUGCAAAGCAUUUUAGUAGUUUUCGUUUUCUCUUUCCUAACCCAAAAAUUUUUUUUAUCUUUUUCUUUAGAGUUUAGACUAAAGGCUACUUGAACUGUUUGCGAGAUUCCAUCUUCUUAGUUCGGCAAGUGUUCGACGUUAUUUCUCAACGAGCAAAAGCAGAAGCUUAUCAUCUCUUUCUAUUGUUUGAAGCAACCGUCAUUCUCUUUCAAUUUUUGAUAUACUGAAGGAUUAAUGAAGCCUAGAUGGAAAGGAAAAGGCUCAGAAGCCAAAGCUAUGGCUGAUCCCAUGUCAAUGAUAGUCUCACAGCUCCAAUCCUUUUUGAUCCAAUCUGAGACUCGUGGUUUACUCUCAAGCUGCAGUGUACUGGUUGAAGUAGAUGCAGAACUGGCUGAUCUUCUCAACCGUGCAUGCUUUGGAAGACCUAGAAUUACCGCUGAGAAGGAUAAACAAUGGUUUCAGUUGGAUAUGGAGGAAGCCUUUUAUUUGUGCUUUUCACUGAAAUGCCUCAAGGUCGUUGGUGAAGAUGGUUGUAUAAAGAGUAACGAAGAGCUAUGGGGGCACUGGAAAUCCAAAAAGGUGGUGUUUCCUGUUUCUUUCAAGGCUUAUUCUCAUCUUCGGCAUAAAAAUUGGAUUGUGAGAUCAGGAUUGCAGUAUGGUGUGGACUUUGUUGCCUACCGUCACCAUCCAGCUCUUGUCCAUUCUGAGUAUGCAGUGCUGGCAGUAUCAGAAGGAAAUAAUGAUCAAAAUGGUAGAUUGAGAGGGUGGUCAGAUGUUCAUUGUACAGUUCGACUUUGUGGAAGUGUUGCAAAAACAUUAUUGAUUGUUAUCGUAAAUAAUAAUAGCCAGUGUGCUAUCUCUCCAUCAUGUUUAGAGCACUACACUGUUGAAGAGCGGACAAUCACAAGAUGGAAUCCAGAACAAAGCCGUGAGGAUCAGGAAAUUCUUGAGAAUCGAGCAAAGUAAGAUCAUGAAAUAGAGAUUCAUUUUCUAGUUGAUGCAGGAGAAUGAUUUCCAGUUUCUGAAAUGAUCAUCAAGGCCACUUGUUUUACAUGGUACUUGGAGGUUGAAGUACUUUGUAGUUUCUUGAAAUAAAAUAUACCUGGCGCCAAAUCAAGAAAAUAGUUUAUGGUGGUUUAAUUCACAGUAGUUAUUUCUUAUUUUUGUAUCCGGCUAAUUGGACUUUCAAUUUUUAUUUAUAUAACCUACUGUUCAAUUGAUAUUUGGGUGAAAAUUGAUAAAACCACUAGAAAAUUGAAACUAGUUGUUGAUAUAGGAUAAGGGGCUGGAGUUGGAAGAAAUCCUUUGUCCUCAACAGAAAAAUAGUGGGAGAAAUACCCACAUAUAAAGAAAGAGGGAAAGUGAUUUUAUCAUAAUUUUUGAGAAAAAAAUAAAAAAGAAAAAGAACAAAA